AUGUCGAGUAAGAACAUUGAGAAUACUACCAGCUCUAGAGGCUCUGAUAACACGGUUAUUGUCCAAGAUUCCUUCACAGAUGUUCUCACUGGCUGGAAGGUUGAGCAACAAGAUCCGAGUGGAACUGUAACGGCAAGAGAUGGUAUCUUGGAAAUUAUUCAGCCUUCUGGUGCAACUAUCUGGUUGAAACAAAAGUUAGUCGGAAACUAUGAAAUAACCUUCGAUGCGACACCAAUACCGUUCACCAUAGAAGGUACAAAGUUCAUUGACCGCAUCUCAGAUUUGAACAUGUUCUGGAAUGCAACGGACCCAACGACAGAGGAUGGUGAUGUAACGAAAAAUCAUUUCGAUGCAAGCUUGAAUAGUUACAAUUCUUUAAACUUGUAUUACGUCGGCUUCGGAGCAAACAGCAAUGGAACUACUCGACUGCGUCGCAAUGACGGAUCGGUGGGCCGUCCCCAAAUAACAGGUUAUUCCACAGAUGAACACAGGACCGUCGAUGACCAUGCAGGUCCUAUGAGUGAAUAUACGAGAUUAUACGCAAACACUCCAACCAGGGUGAAAAUAGCAUCUAUACGACCAACCAAGGAUGAUCCUGUAAACUUGAAAUGGUACGCUAACGAGAAAUUGAUUUUUGGUUAUGAGGAUGCUAAGCCUUAUUUAGAGGGAUGGUUUGGCUUCCGAACCAUAACGAGUCACUGGAAAAUAUCAAACUUUAAAGUUACGAGACUAAACGAAUAA